UCUCGCUGGGAGGCUGUCAGCAUGUUGUUGACUCAUUCUGUGUGCGUUGGAAGAGAACUCACUCGUCCCAGCUGCUAAAUUUCUUGCAUCUGAGUGCAUCACAAAAAGUGGCAAAAAGAAAAUGGAUAAAAAAGGAGUUCUCACAUCAGGUGACGUGCCAAAAAGAGUCCAAGCCUCACAACUCAACGCGGGGUCAGACCAGAUGACCAACAUCUCUCCUACUCGGUAUGACAAGGAUGUCAAUGAUAAUGAAAACCUCCCUCAUAGCAGAGCGGCGGAGUGCAUCCUUGCCAUCUACAUUUCAGAGCCCCAUCAGUUCAGCGUGAUCUCUCCGGUCAGCUGCUCAACAACAGAAGCAUGUACCACCCAGUACAUGUAUUACUAUUGUGAAGGUUCAAAAAUCUGGACUCAACAAGUUCAACGUUGAUGGUACUGUGCACAUGCGCUAAGCCGUUCUACAACA